AUGAAGAUCCCUUCCAUAUUGAUCUGCUUCGCUCUACUUCUUCGUCUCGCAGUUGGCGAGCUUCGGGUUGGGUUCUAUAGCUCAACUUGUGCCCAAGCUGAGUCCAUUGUGCAGCAAGUGGUGAGGAAGAAAUUCAGUAGUGAUAGUUCCAUAACGGCAGCUCUGCUUCGCAUGCACUUCCAUGACUGUUUUGUCAGGGGCUGCGAUGCGUCCAUACUGAUCAACUCCACUGGGAACAAACGAGCAGAAAAGGACGCACCACCGAAUCAGAGCGUUCGAGGAUUCCAUCUGAUUGAUGAGGUGAAGGAAAGCCUCGAAGCUGCAUGUCCAGAAACAGUAUCAUGCGCGGACAUCAUAACACUGGCCACCAGAGAUGCCGUGGCCUUGUCUGGAGGACCCAAGUACGAGGUCCCUACAGGAAGACGCGAUGGGCUUGUGUCAGCUGAUUUUGAGGAAGUGUUCGAGAAUUUGCCAGGACCGAAUUUGCCAGUUUCUGAAGCGUCCCAAAGGUUUGCUGCAAAGGGACUCACAGAGCAGGAAAUGGUGAUCCUUUUGGGUGCACACACAGUUGGGGUUGCCCACUGUGCUUUCUUCAGUGAUAGACUGUCAAACCCUCCCGAUCCAACAAUGGACCCAGCUUUACGUGCUAAGCUGGUCAGGACGUGUAACCUCACCGCGGGGAAAGAAGAUUCAUCUGUAUCCUUGGACGAAGGAUCGCAGUUCAUUUUUGAUAACCAGUUUUAUAAGCAGAUACUUGACAAAAGAGGCAUUCUGCGUCUUGACCAGCGAAUUGCACUGGACAAUUCUACGAGGGGUUUUGUCUCUGAUCUUGCGUUCAAUAGUGAUAAGUUUAACAAGAGCUUCGCGGAUGCUAUCAUAAAGAUGGGGAAAGUCGAAGUUCUGGUCGGAAGUGCUGGAGAAGUUCGGAAGAAUUGCAAGGCUUUCAAUCCACGCAAUUAGAAUGACUGAUAUUAAGAUGUGUUUCUAUAAUUUAUACAUAUCUAUGACUCCAUUUGUGUACGUUAUAUAUCGCGGUUGGUUGUUUUUCA